CUCUGGGUUACUCAUGUUUCUGAAGAGCAAGCUACAGCACAGAGAUAAGUUCUUUAUGGGACAUCACAGCCAAAAAUAUUUAGCUUAAGAAUAAUGUUAAGAAACUCGAUGGAUGUUUAGAUUGAGAGUGCAGAUUCAAAGGAACAGAAAACUAGGAGCCAUAGAUAAGAAGAAGAAAAAGAAGAAGAAGAUACCUGGGAAAGUUCUUGGACUGAACUUCCUCACCAUCUCCCUGAAGCGUGAGCAGCAUCCUUGACUAAAGACGUGAUGGCUGACUUCAGAAUGGCUGCGGUCCUGCAGGUGAUAGGUUUCUCUCUGCUCAUGCAGGGAUGUCUGAGCAGCGUUGGACACACAAACACAGGCUGCAUGAAAUGGACCCCAAAUGGAAAGAAUUUCUGCUGUCAUGCCUGUCAACCAGGAAACCACCUGGUCAAACCCUGUGGUCCGAAGCUGGGAGAUCUUUGCACCCCUUGCGAGUCUGGCACAUUUACAACGGACCCUAGCAAAUACAGUUGUGACCCGUGUACACAAUGUGCAGGGGCUCAGGUGUACAAGAAAAUGUGCACCUCCACAAAUGACACACAGUGCGGCUGUAAAAAAGGACUUCUAUGUGGUGACGGCAGCUGCUCCUUCUGUAUCACUAAGUGUGACAAAGGGGAAGAGCCCACAAAGUAUCGUUCCUGCAGACCGUGUCCAAAUGGAACCUUCAACGACGAGGGCCAUCAGAUGUGUAAACCCUGGAAAACCAAGUGUCCAAAUCCAGGUCAGUAUAUCGUGGAGCAGGGAACUACGGUUUCUGACAUCACGUGUGCCGACGUGGCAGUGAGUCCAGUGCACACAGCCAGCCACCCAGAUACCACAGAGCAGACAUGGCCACUGGUCAUAGCUGUGGGGACCAGUUUAGCUCUGACCAGCUUCAUCGUCAUCGUCAUCCUCACUGUGACGAUGAAACAUGUCCAGAAAAGAAAGAAGACACAAAAGACAGUCCCCCCAGAGACUUUGAUAAUCCGAACCCCCACAGAUCAUCCGCUGCCAUUAAGAGUAGUAGCAGUAGAGUGCAGUUUCCACGAGGCCGAGCAGGAAGAAGGCGGCAGCUCUGAGGCGCUGGUGACCAAGGACUCUUCAGACCAGCUUCUCCCAUGAAAAGGACCCACUGAAACACCUGUGAGCUCCCAUCAAGAACAAGAUGGGAUCCUUCUCCUUGCUACUGCUGGGUUCGGAGGUGAACAACCCGGCUAUCUUUAAAAACAUCACUGCUACCUCAGCAGAGAUCAAGUUCAAACAUUUGCUCAAUUAUUAAACCAGCAAACAAUUUACGACAGGAAGUGUACACAUGGGAGGAAGGGGAAUUCUGAGAGGUCGGUCGUUUCAUCAUGUUCACUGUGUUUCCCCCGUCAGUCAAGAUUGAAAGUUGAACUGUUCCUGAUAUAAUCGUGGAAAGUUUUUAAUGUUUAGAUUUAGACACCAGAUAAAAGUUAAAUCAACACACAACUUGUUAUAAAAAACCAAAGGAGCAAAGUACCUAAGCAACCUUUUUUUUUAUUAUUUUUAAACUACUUUUAAACAAAGUAGUCGGACUGUCUUAAAUGAGUUUAAAUGGAUUGUAUUACUGUGGUAUUUAAGUGGGCAGAUUGUGAACGUACAGUGCAGGUAGGAGUUCUGAUGCUGAGCCCACACAUUCCAAAACAGAUUUGUGACUUCAGGGCUCAACCCACAGUUACUGUACCUUCUGUUAACUGCUGAUUCUGUACAUGUGUAUGUCUGUUACUGGAUCUUAUGGGAGAGGUAGUUUUGUUAGCUGUGGUCUGUUUUAGUUUAUUUUCUUAAAUUGAUAGGAACUUUAUUUUGUGAUAAACUGUGAAAAUUAUAAGAAUAGAAGUCAGCAGGGAGCAUUUCUCCACCAAGGGCCAAUGGAAUUUUGAUAUUUAUGUGGAUCUACAACAAAUUCCACACCCUCAUAAAUAUCAGUUCCUUAAAAAGGGCCUUAUUCUAGUGUUAAAGACGGAGGGAAAGUAUUCCUGCUCCCUCCUUCUGAUUCGUCAAUGCGUUCUUUCCUUACCCAUAAUGCAUCCUUCUACCAAGUUUCAUGGAAAUCGAUCUAACAGUUUCUGUGCAUUCCUUAUCUGGAGGGGAUGACCUUCACAUUGAAGGAACGAGGAACUACAGAAAGUCCAUUAGAGGGAGUUUCAUCUUAUUGUGAAUAAGUAAUCCUCAGUCACGUAAAGCACCAGGGAGUCCACAGUAUGCAACUCAGCCCAGCUCGUCAUGCAUGAGUCAUUUGAUUAAAGUCCAGCUGUUCACUGAACAAGCUUGGACACGUCUCUCAUCCAACCUUUUCACUCGGGAUGUCCCAAGUGAUGCCACGUGCUGCACACACAAGUUUGAGAUUCCUUUGAAGUGAGUCAUCCUCGUAAUAACACAAAUAUAGAGCAAACUAAUUAGGGACUCAUUAAACCAGAUUGAGUUUCAUUCGUCAUGUCUAAACCUCCCACCCCCCCACCCCUACCUUUUCUCUUCUGAGCCCUAGCAGGCGUACCUAUAAUGGAAAAGUUGAGCAACACGCUGUCUGGGCUUGUGAUGAACAUCUACACACAAUGACUCACAGCCGGAGCAAAGCUACAACCUUUUAGAAGACCACAAAGAUCUGUGGUGAACGUCAUUAAGAGCCCAACAGCAAAACAACUGAGGCACUUUAUUUCAUACCCCCCCCCCCCCCCCCCCCCGAGCUAAUGUUACGCACGUCUGUGAAUUUAUCUUUCUGCCUCGUCACAUUUGUUUAUAAGACUUGUUUUUCUAUUAUAUGCAUUUUUUCAUAAUUAUCUAUGAACACUGGUUUACACUUUGCUAUAUUAUACAUUUAUGACAUUGUACUUUUUUAAAAACAUCCAAUAAAAAUAUUUUAUUAUU